UUGUGUUAUGAAAAAUAUUUCAUAAUAAAACAAUUAUAAUGAUAAUUAUUAUUUCUUUUCCAUCCAUAAAUAAAUCUAAAAAGACAACUAAAAUUAUUCCUACUUUAAGCUUGAACAAGGUUUGUUUGUGGAUGUGUUAUGUUGCCAUAGCAACAGUUCCAAGUAACCUUCAGUACACUGAAAACUGCUCAGUUCAGUAAUGAAUGAAAUGUAUGAUGAAGAAAUAUAUGUUAAAAAUGCUGAUGAGGUUGAGAGUUUGUCUCCAAGGAGUCCUAGAAGAGAAUAUGUCUCCAGUCGGAUGGAAAUGCGAGCAGAAAUGAAACCGAAACGCGACAGACCUAUGUCAGCAGCCAAGUCUAGGUCUUCUUCAAGAAUUCAGCCUGUAGAAGUCCCUACAGGGUUUGAACAAGGAGACACAGAAUCAUCAGAAAACAGUGAGGAAGAUGACGAUGAUGAUGAUGAUGAUGGAGGAGAUCCACAUGAAGUUAUCAUCGAAGGCGCUUAUGACCCAAAGGAUUAUCAACGCUUACCUGUCUCUGCAGAUAUAAAAGAGUUGUUUGAAUAUAUUACUUUCUAUACACCAGUAACAGUCCAGCUUGAUUAUAAAUUGAUUCCAUUUAUACCAUCUUACAUUCCGGCUGUGGGUGAUAUAGAUGCUUUCAUCAAAGUUAGAAGACCUGAUAAUGUUGAUGAUAACCUUGGUCUAACGGUUGUGGACGAACCGUCAAUUCACCAAAGCGAACCGGCUGUCAUGCAUUUGCAGCUGCGUGCUACUACAAAACAAAGUUCAGCAAAACCAGUGGUAGUAAAGAAGCUAGCGAAUGCAGAAAAAAAUCCUAAGGCUAUCGACAAAUGGAUUAAGGAUAUCAGUGAACUGCACAAAUCUAAACCCCCACCAACACUGGAAUAUUCAAGACCUAUGCCUGACAUUGAUGGUCUAAUGCAGGAAUGGCCACCUGAGUUUGAAAAUAAAUUGAAUGAGAUUGGACUACCAUUGGAAGAUUUGGAUGUGGAUAUACUUACUUAUGCUGAUGUUAUAUGUGCUAUUUUUGAUAUUCCUCGAUACGAGUCGAGGAUAGAAUCUCUUCAUAUUCUGUUUAUGCUAUAUUCUGCCAUCAAAAACUAUAAAUCAAACAGUGAAGGUAAUGCAGUUCUUGAAAAUCAAGAUAAUUAAUUAUGUUAAUGUAUUCUUGUGUAUAUUAAACUACAUUGUUAUUUUCAUUUGUUGUAGUAAAUAAAAAUUAGAUUAAAUAUAGUUUUUAUAAUUAAUUAUUAAUAAUAUUAUCUCCGAUUAUCUUAGAUUGUAUAAAAUUGAAAAUACAUGUAAAAACCAU